CGAAACGUCUCAUCGUCCGCGAAGGCCACCAGACGGAGCUGCCCUGCGACCUCCGCAGCGCCUCUUCCAACGACUCUCUGGCGGUCGUCCACUGGUACCACCAGCCUGAGAAGAGCUACCACGUGACCCCUGGAAUAGAAACUGGCCCACAUCACCGGGGUUCGAGCCAAGAGCCCAUAUACACGGUGGACUUCGGUUCUGACCCCAGUCUGACGGCAGACGCAGCCACCGUUCACGAAUACGGAACCGGUCGUGGGAACAACCUGCUUCAAGUGAACCGAACUGCUGGUCAGGGCUGGGUCGGGAGAGCUUACUUCUCCAUUAUCGGACACCCGGCAUCUUUGAAAGUGAACAGUGUGCGGUUUGAGGAUGCUGGGGUGUACACCUGCACCGCCGUGUUCAGGGACGGUGCUCGCAGGAAUUCAACAGUGCGACUGCACGUCCUCGCACCUCCGGAACCUCCAGUUAUCAGCGAUGGAGAGGGCCAUGAACUCCAUGGAAUCAUCGGCCCAUACAACGAAGCAAGCAUGCUGGCACUUGUAUGUGCGGUGUACGGAGGCAAGCCCAAGCCCACGCUUGUGUGGAGCGGAAUUCCGGAAGGCAUGAUGGCGGAGAUUCGGUCCACGUCCGAAGAGCAGCUGACCACUUCAACAUUGCUCAUUCAUAUACUAAGGAGACAAGACAUUGGUGCAACGCUGAUGUGCACCGCGUCGAAUAACAUAUCUUCUCCGGCGUCCACCUCAGUCACGCUGGAUCUCAAUCUACGUCCCAUCGCGGUGAGAAUUCGUCGAGAAGAAAGCCCAAUAUCGGCGGGUCUUCCGGCCGAGAUCGUGUGCGAGGUGUGGGGAUCCCGCCCGCCUCCAGUGGUCACGUGGUGGAAGGGCCUGCAGCAGCUGAACCACACCUUUGUGUACGUGUCCACGGACGGAAACGUGACCACCAGCGUCGUGUCCUUCACGCCCGCCAGCGAGGACCACGGCUCGAACCUCGCCUGCCGCGCCAAGAACCCCGCCAUGGCCGAGAGCGUUGAAGAGGAUACGUGGAGGAUGGAUGUGCAAUACAAGCCGGUGAUCUCUCUGCAACUCGGUACCAACUUGGAUCCUGAGAAGAUCCAGGAGAACUCAGACGUUUACUUGGAGUGUCACGUGGACGCGUAUCCCGCCGUGGACGAAGUCAGCUGGCAGUUCAGCGGACAAGACCUGCUGGCCUCCGAGAAUCUUAUAAUAAGCAAGACCUUCCUGGUGAUCCAACGAGUGCAGAGGCAUCACUCGGGAUUCUAUUCGUGCAGUGCAGAAAACACUCUGGGACGCACACAGGGAGAAAAUUUGCAGCUUCGCGUGCAACACGCCCCGCUGUGCAGGGAAAAGCAGACCGUAGUGUACGCAGCCUCUCGACACCAGGAAGUGGAGGUGCACUGCGACGUGGAGGCAGAUCCGAGCAAUGUGACGUUCGAAUGGCGCUUCAACAGUACCCUCCAAAAUCGUACCGUCACGAGCUUCACCAACCAUGGCACCAGGAGCGUUGCACACUAUAUUCCUCAUGGCAGAACCGAGUUCGGAACGCUGUUGUGUUUUGCAUCCAACCGCAUCGGCCAGCAGAAGAUUCCCUGUGUCUUCCACAUCGUGCAGGCCGGUCCCCCGGGCCCCGUGGAGAACUGUUCCAUCACGAACCAGACCAAGGUCUCCAUUCACCUCGAGUGUCAGGCCGGCUCUGAUGGUUAUCUUCAAGCCCUAUUCCAGCUCUCGGUGUACGAAGCCGCGACGGCCGCGCUGUUGGCCAACUUCACGGCCGACCGGCCGGACUUCUGGGUGCACGAUCUCCGGCCUGGGGUCGAGUACUUCCUGGUCGUGUGGGCCGCCAACGAGCUGGGCCGAAGCCAGGAACUCACCAUCCUCACUCCUAUCAUGCCCCUCGUGGGAAAGCUCACGAAGCCAGGGAAUACAUUGAAGGUCACAUCAAGUGUCCUUCUGCUGACAGUGAUCUCAAGCGUGGCUCUGCUCUGUCUUGUUCCCGUGUUGGUUCUGGCUGUGGUCAUGCUGAAAGGAAAAAGCCUCCCCAUUACGAGGCAUGAAACGAAGAAAGAUGUUGUUGUGGACGACGCAUGCCCUUCAACCGCCAUGGCGACUCCCGAAGAGGCAAUGCAACUUCAAAUAUCGUCCAUUUAUCCAAAAGAAGAUAACCAGGUGUGGAUCGUCAAGACAAGCACCGGACUAUGAGUGCGCCGAAUCAGUGACAAGAAAAGUGGUAACCGUGCCACAAUCCAUACGAUAAAAAAACGUUUUCUUGGCAAUAUAUUAUUUUUAUCCAAGGAUGGAAAACGAACAGUAACUUUUUUUUAGAUUCCAUGGAAAACUCUGAUACCAUCACGUCCCACUCUUUAUGCCAUCAACUCUCAAAUAUGACGGAUUUUCUCGCAGUCGUGUUACACGCCCAUUAGAGCUGGCAGUAAGCGGCAGGAGGAGUGAUGCAUCUCCUGACUCGUUGGGUGCGUGUUUGAAGAACAAUUUUUGGGAAUAAACAGAUUCAAUGUGUCACCAAUCGAUCCGGA